CAGAUACCGCCUUUUAGUACUUAAGUACAGUAGUGAAGUAGUUCUACUUCGUUACUAUACAUCUCUGCAUUUCAUCAAUCACCCACUCAUUAAACCACACAGCCCCACCCACAUCAUCAACCACCCACUCAAUAAACCACGUAUCUCCAUCCAAUUCAUUCACCACCCACUCAUUAAAACACGUAUCUCCACCCACUUCGUCCACCACCCACUCAUUAAACCACGUAUCUCCGCCAACUUCGUCCACCACCCACUCAUUAAACCACACAGCCAUGCCCACUUCAUCCAACACCCACUCAUUAAACCUCUCAUCUCCGCCCACUUCAUCCACCACCCACUCAUUAAACCACGCAUCUCCGCCCACUUCAUCCACCACCCACUCAUUAAACCACGCAGCCCCGCCCACUUCAUCCAACACCCACUCAUUAAACCACGUAUCUCCGCCAACUUCGUCCACCACCCACUCAUUAAACCACACAGCCAUGCCCACUUCAUCCACCACCCACUCAUUAAACCUCUCAUCUCCGCCCACUUCAUCCACCACCCACUCAUUAAACCACACAUCUCCGCCCACUUCAUCCACCACCCACCCAUUAAACCACACAGCCCCGCCCACUUCAUCCACCACCCACCCAUUAAACCACACAGCCAUGCCCACUUCAUCCACCACCCACUCAUUAAACCUCUCAUCUCCGCCCACUUCAUCCACCACCCACUCAUUAAACCUCUCAUCUCCGCCCACUUCAUCCACCACCCACUCAUUAAACCACACAUCUCCGCCCACUUCAUCCACCACCCACUCAUUAAACCACGAAUCUCUGCCCACUUCAUCCACCACCCACUCAUUAAAACACGUAUCUCCACCCACUUCGUCCACCACCCACUCAUUAAACCACGUAUCUCCGCCAACUUCGUCCACCACCCACUCAUUAAACCACACAGCCAUGCCCACUUCAUCCAACACCCACUCAUUAAACCUCUCAUCUCCGCCCACUUCAUCCACCACCCACUCAUUAAACCACGCAUCUCCGCCCACUUCAUCCACCACCCACUCAUUAAACCACGCAGCCCCGCCCACUUCAUCCAACACCCACUCAUUAAACCACGUAUCUCCGCCAACUUCGUCCACCACCCACUCAUUAAACCACACAGCCAUGCCCACUUCAUCCAACACCCACUCAUUAAACCUAUCUCCGCCCACUUCAUCCACCACCCACUCAUUAAACCACACAUCUCCGCCCACUUCAUCCAACACUCACUCAUUAAACCACGUAUCUCCGCCAACUUCGUCCACCACCCACUCAUUAAACCACACAGCCAUGCCCACUUCAUCCACCACCCACUCAUUAAACCUCUCAUCUCCGCCCACUUCAUCCACCACCCACUCAUUAAACCACACAUCUCCGCCCACUUCAUCCACCACCCACUCAUUAAACCACACAGCCCCGCCCACUUCAUCCACCACCCACUCAUUAAACCAUGUAUCUCUGCCCACUUCGUCCACCACCCACUCAUUAAACCACACAGCCAUGCCCACUUCAUCCAACACCCACUCAUUAAACCUCUCAUCUCCGCCCACUUCAUCCAGCACCCACUCAUUAAACCACGCAUCUCUGCCCACUUCAUCCACCACCCACUAAUUAAACAACACAGCUCUGCCCACUUUUUCUUCAACUCCACCAAUUUUCCCAGUCAACGAUCGUAAGUGUUUCGAGUUAUUCAAACCUUUUCACUUCCAAUAAUGGCCACAAAUCUGUGUUUUUAGAAUGAUAAAAGCUUUUUUAGUGUAGCCUAGUGUUGCAUUGGGUCACGUUUAUCAUAUAACACGGAUAAAAGCAUAUAUACUCUCAGUUUAUUAGCAUUUCAAUAGUAUAUGAUUAUGAUGAACGUUAUUCUUGAAAAGAUGGCACUUUAUUAAGCAGUAUAUAAAAAGUGUUUCUGUUGCUCAUGAAAAUGUUUCUGAAACGUAUGUGUAUUUGACAAAUAUUGCAUUUUAUUCACAUCUGUGAUAAAGUAUGCAGACACCGCAUGAGUGUCACUAACAGAAGCAGCUUUAAGUCAAAAGCACCUGUAUUCAUCCACUCAUUCAUCCACACAGCCUCAAACAUUAUUUUAACUACACUGCUUUGCCUUCUUUUCCAUCAACUCCACCCACUUAUUUUCACACACUUACUCAACCACACUUCUCCACCCACUUUUUUUGGACUCCACUCACCCAUUUACACCUAUGUAAUCACAUAGCUCCUCCCACUCAUAAAACAUAUUGCUCCACCCAAUUAUAUUUGUCUCCACCAACUCCCUCAUCCACUGUCCUUUUCACUUACUCAACCACAGAGCUCCACCCAAGCAUUAAAGCACACUGCUACCACUUUUCCACCUACUUUUCCAUUGACUCCACCCAUUAACUUAUCCACUCAGUCAUUUUCACCUACCUACUCAAUCAUACAACUCCACCCAUUAAAUUCUGUUAAAUAUUGUCUAUUUAAUCUUCACCCUGGUUCGCUCUGUUUGUGUCGCUGCUAAAGCGUCCGUGUGUUCAGAGUGACAGAAGUGUAAUUUCAUUAUACAGAGCAGCACAAUGUUUGUUUGUGUGCUUUUUAAAAUUCAUUACAGGCUAAUCAGUCUCUGUAAGCUGUGAAGCGAGUGUGUCUUUGUGCACCUGUCUGAGUGUGUGAGCGCGUCCUCGUUUCUCAUUAAGAUCGACGCUUCCUCACCACACGAGAAAUUACUGUGUCUGAUCAGUAAGAAACAAACUCUUAAUGACCGACUCGUUCUCAUUUACACAGCAGAUUAUGCUAAUACAAUCAUAAUUCACCCUCUCAGGAGCGACUAAAUAACCUGUUCAAAACGCUCUUAUUAAAUCACUGCAGACGCUCGCGAUUCUUUCCUGUCAUCGCAGGAAUCUGUGACGCUGAGCUCUUGCCUUAAAUGCUCUUUCAAUUACAGCUAGGCUUCUCCUGCUAUCACGGCUCUCUGGUUGCAGCCGUUCUGAUUAUUUAUUAUGGAAAAUGACCCUACACAUUUAUAAUGCAGAGAACGUCAAGCUUUUGUUUCUGUGCACAUUUAUGUGCUCGUUUGACACAAAUGUUUUCUAAUUAGCACUUCCUGCUGCAGCGAGAGGAGCUGAACCACGAUGCAAAUUACUGACCCUCUAAUUAAAGGCUGAACCCCCCUAAGGAAAUCAAAACAACUGUAAAUAUUCUAUAUAAAGAAGAUUUUAACUCUUUUUUUUUAACUGCACUGUCACAAACAACACAUCCUUAAUGUAUUCUCAUCUGCUUCUGAACAGAAUUCCCCUUCGAUUGCGGAUGUGAAUAUUGAGUUUUCUGUGAGAAUCAGGGUCUGAUGUAUGAAGGUAAUACAAUAGCAAAACGAGAGCUUGUUGAACUGAAUGUGAAAACUUUUUAUAUGAACAUGGUGAAAAUUAAUACAUUUUAUUGGUCGAUGCCCAACCAGUGAAAAACACCAGCCAUCGUGACUUGCCAAGAAAGAAAUUUGUGUUUUAUGCAUCUGUAUCAGUUAUUUGUAAAACACUGCAAACUAUUUUCACUGAACAUUCCUUAGCUAUUACAGGAUUUUAAGACACUGCAUUCAUUUUGACAUUCAGGUAUUAUCUGGUAGACAAAUAAUUAGAGUUGUUCCGAUUUCGAUACUAGUAUCCGAAAUAUCACCGAUAUUACUGACGGUUCUUCUUCGCUGCUCAGAAUGCAUUUGAAAAACAGGAUGUUGUGCUGUGUUUCCACAAGCAACCCCUGUUUAGAGCAGCGAAGAAGAAAUGAAAACGCCUUAGCAGCACUGAUCUAUAUAUGACUGGAUCGCUCAUUGCAUUCUAAACUGCCAACAGACAGUGAAGCCGCUUCUAUAUUAUAGAUCAGUGGUUAGCAGUAUAUCCGCUUUUUAGCAGUAUUUCAGAUUGGACCAACCAGACAGUAAAACAGCGACUAGGGAUGCCACAAGUACUGGCACUUCACUACAAAGUUGGUGCUGAAAACCCACCCGCUGCAUACUCGGGUGAGC